AAUUUCAGAUUUGAUCCAAUCUGUAGCCUAAGGGGAAACUGCGACAAAUCAAAGGUGGAUCCAUGGGUGAUGUACAACUAAAGAAAAGAGGAUACAUCUGGGCAAUCUCUGCUGGGUUCAAUGCAGCUCUUGCUGCCAUCUCUGCAAAGUUCUUCUCAUCUCUCGUGCUAAAAUAUGGAUUGGUUGUAUUAUGCAAUGUGGUAAUGUGGGGAUGUUAUGUAAACAGCUUAAGAGCUCUCUCUUCUCUACAAGCUACCGUCACUAACUUUGCUGCUAAUUUCCUCUCUUCCGGUUUUGCUGGCCUCUUUCUGUUUCACGAGUCCUUAUCAUUCCGUUGGUUUGCGGGAGCUUUAUCGAUCACCAUUGGAGUUGUAAUCCUCAGUAAGUCAAGUGUUGAUAAGAAGGUCAGUACGGAUUAGUACAAGAACCAAUAUAAUAGCUUUCCUUCUUGAGAAGGCUGGUUUUGCGUACAAGGAGUUAAGAGCUGGAGAUUAAGUUGUUUGAAGUUUUAGAUUUUAUUCUGUUAAGAGGACCAAACUUGUAAUACCUACGAUUGAUUUUCAUGAUUUUAUUGAAGUAGUUAAGACUGUUAAUACUAAAAUAAUGUUUGUUCCUUUUU